AUGGGGAUGUCUGCUUUCUACGGUCCACCGAAGCCAGAACCGGACAUGAUUGCUCUUAUCCUCCAUGCAAUAAACUAUAGGGUUAUCUUUCUUCAUACCUCCGAUGUUUAUGGUCCCCACACCACUGAAAUCUUUGUCGGAAAGGCACUCAAAGAUGGUGUUAGAAAUAAGGUCGAAUGGGCAUCUAAGUUUGGUAUAGAUUAUACAGAUGGGAAAUUGGAGAACCUUAAUAAACUAGUUGAAGAAGGGAAGGUGAAGUACAUAGGUUUAUCUGAGGUGUCUGCAUCGACUAUUAGGAGGGCUAAUGAUGUUCAUCCAAUAACUGUUAUGCAAUUGAAGUGGUCAUUGUGGUCUAGAGAUGUGGAGGCAGAUAUUGUUCCUACUUGCAGGUGGCGUUUGUAUCUUCCAACAUUCCAAGGUGAAAAUCUCGAGCACAACAAACGACUGUAUGAUCGAGUUAAUGGGAUAGCAAGAAAGAAGGGGUGCACCCCAUCACAGCUUGCAUUGGCCUGGGUUCAUCACCAAGGGAAUGAUGUGUCCCAUUAUUGGAACCACCAAGGUCGAAAACUUCAACCAGAAGAUCCGAGUUUUGUCCAUAAAAUUAACACCUGA